GAGUUGUUUGUGUGAUUUCAGUCAGUCAGUGAGGAAAAGGAGGUGUAUCUGGUGGGGAAGAUAUGACGAAAUGGUGGCAGUACAAAAGGAAAGGAGCAGGAAAGAAAUUUGAAAUUCUAGCAGAUCAUCUAUAUGGACAAGAAACGAUUUUUGGUAUUCAUUGCCAUGGUGAUAAGCCAUGCUGUUGAAUUGCAGGACAGAAGAAAGAUGGUGUUGGACGCUGCCAGUAGAUCCCUAACGUGGUGGAUAUAUCUGGAGAAGAUUUUGAUUCUACACACCGGGCUAGGGAUUUACACCAACUCAGACAACUGGUUAAUGUGUCUGAAAUAUAGCAGUGACAGUGUUGUAAACGGGUGGACACUGUAAACCCUAUGCUGUGAGCCCUUUUCACGGUGAGCUUGCUAUACAAUCCAGUAGGUGGCGGUAAAGCAACACGUAGGGAUGCCAACUAACGUAAAACUCCAAAGACGAAGAAGGAGAAGAGGAAGGAGCAGGAAGAGAUUUUCUCUUUGUCGUAACUUAAGUAUAUUCCAUUUUAUUACAUUCACAACAUGACAGAGGAGCAGCUGUACGCUCCUGGUCUUAAAUAAAGUUAAUUCCAUUUCACGGGUUAAAGGUUUUAUUUGAAGGCGGUACGAGCUGCACGAAGAAACUGACCUUCACUAAAAAUUCUGUCUGGUGAAGAUAAUCUUGAUUACCAACCCAGCUCAGAGGUCACCAUGGGGUCAGCAGUGGAAAGGACAGACGAACACGUGAGAGAGUAUCUGAUCUAUCGUGGCUUCACCAGCACUCUGAAACACCUGGACAGUGACAUCAAAGCGGACAAGGAGAAAGGCUUCAGGGUGGAUAAGAUCAUCGAUCAGCUGCAGCACUUUGUCCAGAGCUUCGACCUUUUUGGUUUAAAGGAGUACUGGCUCUACCUGGACAGACGUCUGUUCUGCAGACUGGAGGACGUGUACAGAUCCACAGUCAACAAACUGAGAACCAGUCUGUACAGAUACUACAUCAUCAACACCAUCCAGAAGGGAAACCUGGAGAAGACUCAGGAGUUUUUCCAGAAGCAGGCUUUAGAGCUGCAGGGUCAGGCCGAGUGGCGCGAUUGGUUCAUUCUGCCUUUUAUCCCUGCCCCGGAACAGAACCCAGCAUUCUCUCCCUACUUCUCCCGCCAGUGGACCGACACCUUCCUGGUUUCACUGCACAACUUCCUGUCUGUCCUCUUCCAGUGUAUGCCUCAGCCGGUCCUGCUGAGCUUUGACGCUGAAAUCCAGAAGACAGCCGGCCUGACAGAAGAGAACGAACAGUACCGCCAGCUGCUGUUUGCCCUGCAGACCGAGAGUCGGGACCAGAGAGACAGAGAUGAGGUGGUCCACCACAAGCUUCCGGUGUAUGUCCAGAACAUGGACCGACUUGGAGACACUGAGCUGGACUUGGUGUCGAGCCAGCGCGCUGUCAGUAUGGCCACCACUCCUUCCAGAAACUUCUUCUCUACAUUCCUACCACAGGGCAGACGCACUCCAGGGAAACUUCCUCAGUUCACCACUGGGUCUUCACCAAGCCAGGCAGCAGUGGGCAGGAAGGACCCGCCAACCAAUACGCCUGCAAAGUCAAAAGAGACAGUCCAACCUAAGGAUGUGAAGCCAGUAUCCUGCCAGGCAUCAACCGGUGAACCUGCAAGCUCCCAGUCCCAGCAGUCAACAAACCAGCCGACACAUCCCAGACACAAGAGAAUCCAGGAUCAUGAGAAAGAGAGGAAGGAGCUUUUCUCCAAACCACCAUCACAGACACUGGAAAAGAAGGGGGAGGCGGUGGAGGUAGAGGCUCUUGCAGAAACAGCCAGCGAACUUCCUGACUCCUCCUCCUCAAAUAGCAGGCGCUGCGGAGGAGGAGUAGAGGAAGGAGGUCUGUCAGCGGAACAGCCUUUCAUCAAACUCAGCCAAGAGGAGUAUGGAGAACACCAUUCCUCCAUCAUGCACUGCAGGGUUGACUGUUCUGGUCGCCGGGUUGCCAGUUUGGAUGUAGACGGGGUAAUCAAGGUGUGGUCUUUGAACCCCAUCAUGCAGACCAAAGCCACCAUCAUGUCUAAGUCUCCUCUGCUGUCUCUGGAGUGGGCCACCAAACCUGACAGACUGUUGUUACUAGGCAGCGGUGUUGGUACAGUGCGGCUGUAUGAUACGGAUGCCAAGAAGAAUCUUUAUGAGAUGAACAUCGAAGAAACUCAUCCACGUAUCCUGUCUUUAGCCUGCAGUCCCAGCGGUUCAUCUUUUGUCUGUUCAGCUGCCGCUGUGAGUCGAUCUGGGAGCAGUGAUUCUGUUUCUCGACUCCCUAUCCCAGUGUCUGGACAGCUGCUGCUCUGGGACACCAAGACUGUCAAACAACAGCUCCAGUUCUCUUUAGAACCCGAACCAGUUGCCAUUAACUGCACAGCCUUCAACCACAAUGGAAACCUGCUGGUGACUGGAGCUGCUGAUGGAGUCAUCAGAUUGUUUGAUAUGCAGCGGUAUGAGAGCGCUAUGAGCUGGAGAGCUCACGACGGAGAAGUUUACAGUGUGGAGUUCAGCUAUGAUGAAAACACAGUCCACAGCAUCGGAGAAGAUGGCAAGUUCAUCCAGUGGAACAUCCAUCGGUGUGGGGUGAAGCAGUCGGAGCAGCUUUUACCUCAGGACGCCACCGGGCCCUUCGUCCUGUCAGGGUACAGUGGAUACAAACAGGUUCAGGUUCCUCGAGGUCGGCUCUUUGCCUUUGACUCUGAAGGACAACACGUCCUGACCUGUUCCAGCACAGGAGGACUCAUAUACAAACUGACCAAUGGGGAGCCAGCUCUGGAGACGAUGCUGUCACUGGGUGGGCACAAAGCGCCAGUAGUGACAGUUGAUUGGUGCUCGGCAGUCGACUGCGGCACCUGCCUGACAGCCUCUAUGGAUGGGAAGAUCAAAUUGAGCACACUCCUGGCACAGAAGUCCUAACUAAGGACCAGACAGAGAAAGUCUGUUGGGUCAGAGUUUCCUAUUUCAUAGUAAAGUGAUUCAAUUUGCUCAGUCACUCAUGGAAAUUGAUAAAUACUGUAUGUUAUCUGUUUCAGGAGGUGAUACAGGCAGUAAAAAAAAAAAACAGUGAAACCUGUUACAAAUUUAUAUUAAAAUUCCACUGAAAGUUCAAUCUAAAAGUAUGUUUCUUUCUUAGAGCUGCAUUCAUUGAUUUUUCUAGGCCUCGCGGGGGCAGAGGAACUCUGAAACAGUCUGACAGACUCACCGCCCUGACAAAUUAUCAUCUUAUAAAGUUGUUGUGGCUAACAUGUUAGCAAGCAGCAGCCUAAUUCCAUCCAGCAGACCAAUGUCAUCAUUACACUGGAGUCGUUUUUUGGCCACCUUAUCGAAGUCCAACAUUCACUUUCCUUUUAGCCUCCACCAACGUCUUGGAAAAAUACCUGGCUCUGUAGCUGCUAGUUAAAAUUUCAUCACCAGCUAUUUGCUAACUUUGUCUGUCUGCUGUUUGGUGCUGAGCAGGUAAUGUACAGCCGGUUUUUAGUGCUUGUUUGCUGCAAACAGUCACCUGCUGCUAGAAAAAAGGUUGAUAAGAGUGUUGAGGCUGAACUACUGGCUAUUCACCCAGAGGGUAGUUCAGUCUUUUAUAUAUUGACUGUCAUUUAGUCUUUAACUGUGAUUCUUUUGUCAUGGGUUUCAUAUUGUUUUUGGUAUUUAAUUUUAGCUGUGUUACAGAACAAAUUGCAAAUGCUUUAACACAUUAAUGCAAAUGAUUAUGUACAGUUGUCUGCUGUUGCCUUCAUUACCAAUUGUUUCUGCCAUGUUGAUCAUAAUGCAUUAUACUGGUCUUCCUCCAAACAUCUGGGCAUUUAUUAUUUGCAUUAGUCAUUCCAUGUGAAAUGGUUGAGCCAGGCAUAAUGGUUUUAAUCCCCCCCUCCAACUCAGGCUUGACCAAAUUGUGCCUUACGUUGUAGAAACAGCUGAAAGUCUGAUUGUGAGACCCAUUGCCUCCAUUUUUAAUCUUAGUCUAAGCAGUGGAUUGAUUCCCAGGUCCUAGAAUUAAGUGUUUUUCUUUCCUUUAUUAAAAAGUGAGGAUCCCUUUCCAGACUGUCUGUUAUUGCCAAAGUGUUUUAAUCCCUUGUAAAACGAACAGCUAAAACAAUUCUUGUCUCUAUCAGGUUUCAGACAAGGGCAUAGGACUGUACCUGCAGCCAUAUCAGUCACAAAUUAUAUUAUUACUGCUCUGAAUGAUAAAAAAUAAAAAUUAAGUACUGCACUUUUAUUGAUUUAUCCAAAGCAUUUAGUAGGAUUAAAUCCAGCAAAGGUACACCCCUAUGCAGAUGACACUGUCAUUUAUACCAUGGCACCAUCUUUAAUGUAUCCUUUAUGGACUGGUUUUAAAUUAUUGCAGAUGUCACUUGUUAAUUUAAAAUUGGUUUUAAACUGUAAAAAACUACAUUUAUUAUCUUUAUGCAUUCUCUUACAUGACCCAUUGAACGUACGGGUCAUCUAGAGAGGGUUGCGUCUUACAAAUACAGACCAAAGUUGGGUUUUAAGACAAAAAAUGUCUUCCUUUUAGUGCUAGAAAAAGAUUAGUCCAAAGUCCCUUUUUUCAGUAUUAAACAAUGGUAAUGGAAUGUAUAUGCUUACAUCUUCAUCUAUUUUGAAAAAACUGGAUGUAGUCUAUCCUGCCGCCUUAUGGCUUGUAAUGGGUCAAGUGUCCAGUCAAAUUUUGGACCUUGGUCAAUCCAGACCCAGCCAGAAACUCUGAUCAUUAAAUGGUAGCCUGCGGGCCACAUCUGUCCUAAAAGAUAAUAUUAAUGAAUUCAGAAAAUGCGUGCAUUUUACAUUACCGGUGAAAGAGUCCCAAUCCAUCCUGAGAGCGAUUGUAGAUUAAGUUGCUCUCUGGCAACGAGCCAUAAAGAACUUAACUGAAUAGAACUGAACAGACCAAACUAACAUAAUAAAGACAAAAUAGACCUAACUGACCUAACCAACACAAGAACAGACCUGACACACAUAAUAGACCUCACGAACUGCACACAAAGGGGACAUAUAUAUACUGGCUGAUCAGACCAUUGUGAAACGAGAGGGAUAACAACAAACAUGACCAACUAUACUACAAAAUAAAACACAACAGGACAACUUGUCUGUCAGUAAGGCUAUUUUGAUAAUUAAUCUUAACAAAAACACCAAAGGCUCUACUAUAAUUUGAAGAAAUAAAGAAAAUCCUAAACUAAACAUUGGAAAUCACACCCGGAUGCUGCAGGCACUUGGUGUGGCCCAAUUGGCCACUUCCUUCAUUUAACAGGUCUGCUCCCACAGUUGUGCCUUUUGCUCAGGUCUGGCCCGAUGUCCCUCCAGCAGCAGUGAGACCCUCAACACUGGUAACUCAGAGAAAUAAACCAUUAGAACUUAAGACAAACUAAAUAGAAGCUAACUAAAU